AACAUAAAUAAGUAACGUGAAAGUUAAAGCAGUGAGGAAAAUGUCUGCAGUUAGUACAUAACAUUACAACUACGAACACGUUUGUAAGUCACGCAUUAAAUCGAACGUGUUUAGUUACGCUGGCAUUGCAAAUAACUAAGCGAAAUGAAGAUUAAGAAAAUACUCGCUGUUAACAUGAAGCUGGAGAAGAGAUGUCAGGACACAGUGAGAUGUGACAUGGAAACGGAUUUGGAGACUGCGCUAGAACUAGCAGGCGCAGGAAAAUAUCAAAUAUUUCAUUGUGGAUUAAUGGUAGCAAUACUCGGCUCAGCGAUUCUGGAGAUGAUUGGUAGUUCCUUCAUCCUACCAUCAGCAGCUUGCGAUCUGGCUCUUGAAGACCAUAUGAAAGGAAUUAUAGCUAGUAUACCUAAUAUUGGUGUUAUAUUAACGGCGCCAUUUUGGGGUCCGACGGCAGAUGCUCUGGGCAGGAAACCAGUUCUGCUGGUGUCGACUCUGUUGUCUGGUGUCAUUGGUCUGAUUGCGGCGUUCAUGCCCAAUCUGCUGUCAUUCGCUUUGUGCAAGUUCGUGGGCUCGCUUUUUUUAUCCUGUCCCUCGUCGUUGGGUUUUGCCUUCGCUGGUGAGCUGAUGCCGAAGAAACGAAGAGAUCUGGCGUUACUCAUUUGCAACGCGUCCCUCAUGUUGAUCGCUUCAUUAUGUCCAAUAUUCGCUUGGGGUGUAUUCUCAAUUGAAGACUUCAUUCGCUCAAUCUCUACAUACCUUCGGCCAUGGCGUCUCCUGACAAUGGCGUACUCCAUGCCUUUGAUCCUAUCCGCUCUCUGGUUGACACAGGCCAAGGAGAGCCCUAAGUUUCUGAUGAUGAAAGGAAAGCCAGACGAGGCGUUGGGAGUGUUGAGACACAUUUUCGCCUUUAAUAGUGGGCAAUCACCGGAUCACUACAAGGUCAAAUCCUUGGUGAAGUCACUCGAAGACAGUGAGAAGAGAUGUGAUGGCCAGAGCUGUGAGGCAGCUACCUCGUCCAAAUUAUCAGCACUUGCUUUGUUGAAGCCACCACACUUAAAAUGGUUGGCGCUCACAGGUUUCCUGAUGUUUGGAUUGUUCUCCUUAUUGAACGGAUUAUUUUUGUUCGUUCCGAACACAAUCAACAAAAUGAUGACUCAAUCGCGAAACGAAACGGCCUCCGUUUGUGCGGUUUUGAACCAAGCUAACAAUGACACAAGUGCGGUUGUCUGCGUGGACAGCAUCUCGUUCGGUACGUUCGAGAUCACCGUCGUCACGGCGCUCGUAUACGGGGCUGUUGUGAUGAUGGCCAGCCUGAGUCCUCUCUCCAAGAAGACGCUGCUCAUCUCCAUGUACAGCUUGGUGGGCGUCGCUUGUCUUAUCUCGGUUUCUGUACAGAAUAGACUUGUAGCCGGAGUGUCCAUGUCAGCUCUGGAAAUAACGGCUCUUGGUAUCGGCCCUCUGAACGCGUUUGCAGUGCAGAUCUUUCCUACUAGUUUAAGGGCCUCAGCAGUGGGCGCAGUGAUGAUGUUUGGUCGCGUGGGCUCGGUAAUGGGCGCCAACAUCGCCGGCGCGUUCCUGGCCAGUGGCUGUAUCUACACGUUCUGUGCCUUUGCUCUGCUCCUCUUUUCCACUGCAAUUUUUUAUUUGAUUGAAAAGAGUGGCCGUUGAGUUUCUUGUACGUUCUGCUCAUGACCUCAACAUUUUCCGAACAUAUUAUUGUGUGCCGGGCUUAGCUUCCUGCUGCCAGAUGAUAAUAAAACAAAUGCCAAGCGAUGACGGAGCAUCAACCACUAUCUCAAACAGACUGAUUAGAUGUAACAAAAGAUAAGACGCCGUGUCAUAAUUAACAUUUUAACAAUUUUUUUCUAAUAAAAUAAUGAUUAACAUUC